AUGGACCGUUUGUGCCCGAGCCACGGUCGGGCCACGGUCCCUGCAGCUCCCUUCGAGCGUUCCGAGCUCGAACUGGUCCACCGCAUCGCCCCCGAGGGCUGGGGGAUUCCCGAUGGCCUAACAGCCAUCCCCCAACACUUUCCACAAAACACACAAAGCAAUUCCCAGAAGAAGCCUCCCCAACCAGGGACCACGUGCUCGCCGCGGGGGGUCGGAAGGGAGGGCGCUGCCAGUUGGGGGCGGGCCUCAGACGGGCUGCGCCCGCCGGCCAAUCAGCGUUCGAGGGCAGGGGGCGGGGCCAUAGGCCUGUCCGUCAUCACNGGGGCCCGGGCGGCGCAGUCCGCCUUCCACAUCCCCAGCAGCAGCAGCAGCAGCGGCCCGUACGGCUCGCAGGACUCGGUGAACAGCACCCCCGACGAGGGCCGCUCGGCCGCCGGCGGGCCCCGCCUCGUGAUCGGCUCGCUGCCGGCGCACCUUUCCCCGCACAUGUUCGGAGGUUUCAAGUGCCCAGUGUGCUCCAAGUUUGUACCUUCAGAUGAAAUGGACUUACAUCUUGUGAUGUGUUUAACAAAGCCAAGGAUAACCUAUAACGAGGAUGUGCUAAGUAAAGAUGCUGGAGAAUGUGCCAUAUGCCUGGAAGAGCUGCAGCAAGGAGACACGAUCGCCCGGCUGCCCUGCCUGUGCAUCUAUCAUAAAGGCUGCAUAGACGAAUGGUUUGAAGUCAAUAGGUCUUGCCCUGAGCACCCUUCAGAUUAAGCGUCUGGUUCCUGUUUUAUGUUUGGAAAACGUCAUAUGAGGACCUGUCUCUGGGAACAAACAUGUGCAGCCGGAAACCAUGAGUUCUAUGGGACUGGAUCACAACAGAGAUGGACUAUUAGAGGGAUGAGGUGUACGUGAGAGAGGACGUUCCUCAGCAGAACUCGGUGCACAGACAUGCACAGAAAAGGCUGCGCCGCACCGCAGGGAUCUGGAAAAUGCUGCACAUCCCCCCGGCGUGUCAUCGUCAUUUACCCAUAGUUCCUGUUGGUAACAUUUUGUACUCAGACGCCAAAGUUAGCGAAUUUCAUAGUGGAUUUACUUCUCAAGUUCCCUCGAGCUGUGAAUGGAUUUGGGGGUUUGGGGUUUUUCUCUUUUCCUCCCAACUUGGAAGGUUUUGCAUUCUCAGAUUCUAGAGUAAAGAUGACCUCACGCUCCCUUCUUGUGGAUUGACACCUCACCAACCAAACUAGGGGAUGGAGCAGCAGUAAAGUCUUUUUCUCUGAAUGCAGACUGUGAUCUCAAGUUCUUCCAGACAUCCGGAAGUGACAAGCAGAAUGCUGCCCAAAGAGUCCAGUGGAGUCCGGGACCGAUUCCCGCAGACCUGCUCAAUCUGCAUGGCCCCUUCCUAGCUGGGGAGAAACCCCUGCCUGGCAGUGUGGCAGCAGCCCCACGCAGCUAUGCAACUUCCUAAGGAAGGACCAGUUUUAAGUGCUGCCGGCAAUGGGAAUUUCUUUUAACGGGUAUUUUUGUUUUUUCAGGUAAUUCUUUUUCUGUACUUUCAUCUCCGGGCUGCCUCUCCAAGUGGGGGCAAAAUAUGAAAACUUAAGAAAAUAACUGCUGAAGUGGGGAGAAAAGUUUUCCAAGUUCCUAAAAUUAAGUUUGGAUGAAGCUCAGAAUAAUUUGCGGAACAUUUUAUAUAGAUUUUUAAAAAAAAAAAUCAGAAUUUAAUUUGCAUGGCAGAUUCAUAGCAAUUUGCAUCUUUCAUUUUCCAGAUAAUCUGGAGAUUAGCAUUUGAUAAUUUUUUAAACAAGUAUGGAGAUUUUGUUAAUUUAUAAUUUAUUAAUGUAUGUUACUGUGCUGCAUAUGUGUUAAUUUACAGAGGCUUUUAAACAGUCCUGUAGGGGAAAUGUACUGAGGAAAUUAUGUGAAUAAAUAAAUAAUAGUUCCCACAAAACAUAUCUGAAUGAUUUAAACUUGGAGGAGAAGUCAGGGCUAUGUAAGUGAAUGUCUUUUUAUAUCAAUACAAGUAGUUUCUGCAUUUUCAACAUAAAGGGAAAAUGUUAUCAGUAAAGAUUCUGCAGUGUAGUUGAUGGCUCUCAGAAGGAAGCUGUCCUGGGCUGAUUUCUGAGCAAAUGAAUUCUUUCCUUUUCUUCUUUGUUGCUUCCUGGGCUCUCAAUGUCCCGUGUUCUCCCCCUCCCCCUUGUUCUCCCUCUCACGCCCCUCCUGUUCCCUGUUAAGAAAGGCAAGAACAGGAGCCACGGCCACCACCGCCAGCACACCCACCCAGGCCCCACCCCUAUCAUGGCUUGCUGGGAGAGCCUAGACUUAGAUAACAUUUUCCCUGAGACUCUGCUGUGAAAUGCCUUGUGUGAUGCUGCACAUGAUCAGAGAAUCCAAAAUCACUCGUGUAACAACUGACCACACGGUGUCCUGGUGCUUCUGAACCAACUAAGGAAAAGAUGCUUCCCUCACACUUUGGCUCUCAUCAUUAAAUCUCAGUCAGAUCUACUUGGUUGUUGUUAAUUUUGUAAAUUGUUCCCUCCAUAAAAUAACAGCGUUUAGAAUGUGAAUGAUGUGUUCCUUUAGCCCUAUUAAUAUCCCGCUGUGGGCAGAAUUAUUUGGGUUCCUUGCGGGAAAUGCCAGUGAUUCGAGCUGGGGUGGCUUAGUGGCCAUGUUCUCCUAGAGGCUUAUUUUUUCAAUGUGAUUGUUUCUUUUUCGUUUUACUUUGAUAGCAGGUGUCAAACCCACAUUGGCCCGAGUGUGCUCUUUGACUGUGUGCGCACCGUGAAAUAAGUCGCACACUCAGGACUCCUACUGUCCUGAGUCUCCUUACCUCCAUUAGCCUUGCUCCUCCAGAACCGAAGUGCCCAGCUCUGCUGGGGCAGAACCACAUUCAGUUAUCUUUGGGAGAGGUUUACCAAAUUAAAAAUACAAUGUAACUUAGACAAUGUUAAUUUGUGGUUUUCUAAGUCAAUUAUGGAGCCAGCAGGGAUUCGUUUCUGUUGGAGUUUGGCACCACUUAUCUAGGGCAGUCUCUAUUGAAAUCUGUUGAGAACCAGCCUGUAAAACAAAACCAAACUAGAAACUACUAUUUUUACUUUAAAUUUAGAUUUCCAUCCUUCAUCACUUGACUUCCCAAAAUAUUAAUGUGCAGGUAUUUUUUAAAAUGACUCACAUCUAAACUGUUCAGAAUUUUAAUUCCAAAUAGCUAAAACCCUGAGAAACAUCCCAGGGAAAUAUGCUUGAAAUCUGUGGUGCCAGGGCAGGAAAUCUUGUAUCUUAGAGAACUAGCUUUCUCCCUACCUGCCCUGCUGGCUAAAUGGAAAGAGAGCUGAAAGCCCGAAUGAGCAAAAGUCUCACCCUCUCCUCUUUGUAGGGGAAGGUCACACAUGGGAAAACGAUAUGUUCAGAUUUCUGUGCUACCGUUGGUCCGAAGUGUGUUGAUUGCCAAUUUUUACCACACACACCCCCUCCCCAAUAUUUUUGCUGGGCCUAUCUCGUGCCUAAAUAUAUAAGAAAAAGUAAAUCUUUCUAAUACUCAGGUUUUGCCAUUAAAUGAGCUAUUUGCCAGAAGAGUAAAUAGAAUGUACUCUAAUGGGCGUGUUUUUAAAAUCUGGGCACAAGCUUGAGCAUAGAUUGUGUUUUACAAAAAGCAAAUUCAUUUGAAAUAGCAAAGUGUCGCCUAUUUAGUUUCCUGUGAUAGCUCAAACAAGAUCAAACAGAGGCUGCCGGUGUUAUUAAUAGGAGGCCUUGGGCUAAAACGUGGAGAACCAUUGGGGCCCUCUCCCCAGUGCAGACUGUCCAGCUACAUUUGAGUUCCUUCAGUGAAAACACCACUUUCCUUUUCACAAUGUUUCUAAAAUUGGUGAUGGGAACAUUUCAAACCAAUCAAAGUUCACAAAUUCUGUAAAUGUAGGGUAGACACAGGUUUGGGGAAAGCACGUUGUAAAUCUUAGUGCUUUAUGAACGUGAAUGACUUCUUACUGUUUUCUAAAAGACUAAAUUCCAAAUAAACAUCAUCUGCACUUACUGCCUACCAACCAGGUAGUGUGGAUUUUGUCCCAACGAGCUUGAGUGUAAAGCAAAGCUGUAUUGUAAACUCUCUGGGCUGUCAGAUGGAUUAACCGAAUUUUACUGCUCAUUGGCGUCCCCGCUAGAGCGACAUUUUUAAGUCCAACUUUUACAUCUAAGUAAAAUAAGCAAACGCUAAGAGUAAAUCCAAACAAAUGGCGGUGGUGUGAGUUGGGCCUGCUGGGUCUCAACCCCAUCUUGGAGUUCAGUCUAAGACUUUGAAAUAAGAAGCCUUUCAUGUGACAAGGAUUGGAAGGCUUGUGCACCCGGCUACAGGCAAAUUCUGAGGUUUCCACCUUUCCAGUCAAGGAGGAAGGUCAGGCACCAGACCCUAUGCCCCCUUUCCUGUAGUGUGUGACUACUGACUUAUGUUUUGCUCUGUGAAUAACGUUGGUUGAUUUUGGGGUUGUUGGUUUUUCCCCCUUAAUUUUCCUUCCUACCCAGAUAGGUUACUGCUUGCUAGUUUUUUGGGAGGGGAUUGCAAUCCAAAUCUCUCUUUGCUGUGGGCUUUGCCUGGUAACAUUAGGUCAGUUUGCUUUGCUUACACACAACAAUCGCCAGCUUGAAGUUCUGAGCGAGCAUCCUUACUCGGAAUGCUGCCUAGCCACGUGGUCUAUAUUUGAAACAAAGAAUGACUGUAUUUGUUAGGACAUGAUUCCUCUCCCUAACCAGCUUAGAUUACUAAUAGCUUCUAGCACUGAAGGCAAUCAGGUGCAUUAAUCUUUGGUUUGGUCAUCGGGAAUAAGUACGUUAAUGCUCUAAAGCCAUCUGACCUCAACCAGUAGCCAUCACAAUAGGUCUCUGCUUGUAUACAGGAGAGGAUUCCAGAAAUGAGGGACCAGGUGGCAUCUGUGAGCUGAAACCCUGGCCAGCAGACUUUGCUGGUAACGUCUACUGGCUCUGCCUGGGCUGCAGGGCGGCCCUCAGAUCUCUGGCAUGCAUGCAUAGGCCAUGAUGGACUUUGACUACAGAAGGAACUAACCCCCUCUGGCCUGGUAACCUGCUGGUGUUGCUUUUUAACUGUUGAGACUCUCAGAUCUUCCCUCCUAGUUUCUGAUCUGAGGAUAUAUUGCUAAGGUGCUAUGCUAAUGGUUUGUGUUGAGGAAAUUAGGCACCUCCUUCACAUCUGGUCUGAUUAGCAGUCUAAAAUGAAGUUUUAUGAAUCAUGGCAGCCAUUAUAAUAUAUGUUGUAUUAGGCCCUUAUUACCAAUAAACCUUCAUCAAAUAUCUCCUGGGUCUUGUUGCAACCAUGCCAGGCCCUUAGGGUGAGGCUCUGAACUUGGACAGAGUUGCAUGAUGCUAACUUAUAUUGGGUUUAGGAGAAUAAAUCCCACUUUCUUCAGAGAUAACUUGCUGUGGGUGUCAUAGUUUUGAAAAUAAAGGAAAUGUGUGACCGCAA